GCGAUGUGAUGGUUUUUUUUUGAUUCUUUUUCUUCUCCCUCGAAACUUUUCAUUUACCAUCAUCAUCCCUUGAGAAAGAGCGAAAUAUGAUUAAAAUUAGAAUAUGUUUAUCACUACGCCUCUAUUCUUGAAGCCUCGUCCACAAUCCAUUUGAUCAAUUGAUAAUUACAUCUUCCAUCCUUUCUACACAGAAGUGAGCACCUUCUUCAAAUCCCCCACCCAAUGAAUCGAAAAUGUCAAUGCUUUAGAAGUUUCAAAGGGACGUUAACCUUCAGUCGAUCGCUGGCUUAACUUCUUACAGUAUAGCAGGAUGAAGUAUCUGUGUCUCUGACCCAUUUAUGGAUCGUGGAUUAAGGAUUAUGGAUUGUCUUGUCGCAAGGCUCAAACAUGAUGGGAUGUGUGAAAAAUAACAAAAAGAAAAAGGAGGAUCAGGAGGAGAUCUCUAACAGUUCUUGUCCCAAUUGGUUGGCUAACUUUCGCUUGCAGUCUGCUUGUUGGGGUUGUUGACUUGUGGACUUGUAUCAAUGUCUUCUUCUACACCAUUGGACAAAGCUGCAAAAAGAGACGGAACUCCGCAUGAAUAAUCUUAAGCCCUACAAUCAAUUUGAAUGAGAGGUGAUCCUCGAACUCCUCUCGGCGCGAUUAUUCCUGUCAAAAUGACUAUAGUUAGUGCUAUUGUUCUUCUCUGGGAUUGCAUAGCAUACUACACCGCUCAAACAGACAUGGGUUUGUACUUUUCUGAGACGAGCUCUUUUCCAUAGCCCUGCCCUGUACAGGAUACGCCACUCACCGAAGUGCCACGCGACUUGCAUCUUUGCAUUUUUGAAUACCUACCAAACCAAGUUAAGCUACGCAGUAGUUACAUACUUUUUGACUUUGGUUUGGUGGUUCGCAAGAUCUACCCCCACAAUGAUCGGACUACUUAUGAUUCGGGACGAGGGAGCGAUAAACACGAUAGCUGCAUUACUAAGCUUCUCAUCUUGGAAGUUCUACACCGACGGCUAGGGAACUCAUGAUGAGAUCAUGCUUUCAUGGCAUAACAUCGGCAGCAAACCGAGUUACGCUUAAAUCCACCUAUACUUGUGCAUGAGGCAAUUAACAUGGCAGUUAUGUACUAAUUUGACAGCCGCCUUACUCAGGCUUCAAUGGAUGCAGAAUACUCCUUUCCUACAACAAUGGCCAUUGUAAAUGGAAACAAACGGGCACAGCUACAUGUCGACGGAUAUCUGCAGAAUAUGUAUCCUACCUGAGACACCGCAAUCAACAAUGACAGCACAGCUAUACUAUUGUUGUCAAGUGUUGCUAGCAUGCUAAUGCACGCAAUUGGGCGAGGGUGCUUGAGGCGCUAUUUUCCAAGGCCGUGCGACAGCAAUUAUCUGGUACUCUCGUCUGAUCUGACAAGUUUUCUUCUAUUUUUUGAGGCUAAGGCGAUAGCUCAAAGCGUGAACUGGGCAUUCACCGCCCCCAAUCCUCCCCGGAUGGGAUUAUCAGGGCUGAAGGCGAACUGCAGAAAGCUUUGAGUGCCCGCCGUAGAGGCCAUUUGAGAGUUGGUCAUUUAAGCUUUGGGCUGUGUUCAUGGAUACCAUGUUUCCGAAUUUCUGAAAAAAGCUCUACUGACUCAAACCGUCUACACGAUUAUGGCGCCGUCUCACAUGACAACGUCAAUUUACACCGCCAGAUGUUGGUAUCCGAAGGUGUGCUAGACGAAAAGGACUGGUAUGUAAUUGUGCUCAUUGUGAUGGCUACCGACAGAUACAAACGCAGGAUAGAACAACGCAAUACACUCCUGUUGAUUAGGCAUCAAGGGUUUGGAAUUUCGAUGAGGCAUAGCCGACCUAAACGGUCGCGUAAGCUUUAUUUUCAGCCACCAACGACCCAAAUAAAGGGAAAUUUAUUCUGUGUGGCUUGAUAGUUUUCUUCGGUCUUUUCGGCUUGCUUGCCCCACUGAAGAUCGUGGUUCAUCGAGGACUUAGAGGCGCUGCAAGCCAUGAAGAUCAUACAUUAUAAUCCUUGAAGCAAAGCUCACCACUACCCUUGCAAACCAGACCGCCAAUUCCUUCUUUUCAGACGUCAAUCUUGGAUCUACAGUGGCUGGCCGAUUGAGGCGACGACAAGCAAUCCACAUCAAAGCAUGAGCCUUUUCAUUAUUGUGGCAUUUCAAACCUUCAUCCUGAUAUGAAAUUUGGUGAAAUGCAGAUAAAUACAAUCAAAGUCAAGUUUGAUGACGAUUACGCACAGACAUGUGUCUAAAACAGCUUUGAGGGGUUGAAGGAGUAUAAAUCAGUUUCAAGCGCCAGCUCCCAAGUUUCAACUGUUCUUCCACAACUUCAACAAUGGAAGCACUAGAAUGCAGCUUUUCUAAAAGCAUUACUAUGCUCAUGUUCAUGUUCAUGCAUGAAUUCGUGGCCGGCCUUCCCUCCACACUAGCAUACCCUGGCUUGGACCCCCCCCCACUAAGGACUCUAUUUGCAUCGCAUGCUUCCGACCGACUGUCCAACAUUCAACCUAGUUAUUUCCUGUGGGGAUCAGUUCGAACAAUGCCCUUGUCUUUGGCAAGCUCAUUAACAAACUUGACGUAUUCUUCCGUUGGCGUUGGCUUCUACUCUUUUCCAAUUUCCAUCCAAUCUACCGCGAUUGGCUGCACCAAUGAUAUAUCUUUACCAAUCAGUUCUAUGGCCAUCAAAUUAUAGGCGAGCCACGAAUUUUCCUCCACUAUGAAGGCCUGAAAUAGGAUCGUGGUCCUCUCGUUAGAAAUAGCCCAAAUCGUCUCAAGAUAGUUUUUCUCGAACAAUCCAAGCUACCACGUCUUAAAGAAUCAUCUAGUCUGUUUCACGCCACUACAUACUCACAUCUAUCAAAGAGUGCCAUCUCCUUUAGCAUUUUAUCUUUCGACCGACAUACUACUCUUUUUGAUUAUACAGCGUCAAUUCUCGAUAGAAGCCUCAAAUCACCAGUCUUUGUGUCAAAUUUGAUGAUCUACAAAUCGAAUCUCAUCACAGAAACAAACCGUGCACCUCUUCUUCGCAGAUCAUCCGUCGACCUUGACGGUAUCAGGGACUUCACCAUCACCGUGGAUAUCUCCCUCCUCCUCAAGGAUCCGGACUCUAAUGAGUCCCAGACCACAUCACCACCCGACAGAAACCAAACAAGAUCUACAUCCGUUCAAUCAUCAAUCACACAACCAGAAUUACCAAACUACGCUGCUGCCGUUUCUGCAGCCGGCGGAAAAAGAAGUAUGGGUGCCCAUCCAUCAGAAUCUCCUGCUAAGAAGCAAAGUAAAUGGUCGGCCGACGAAGAUGCUCUAAUCAUUGAUCUAAGAGGCAGUGGAAUGAAGUGGGAAGAUAUCUCUAAGAGGCUACCAGGUCGAAGUGCUAUUAGUUGUCGGUUACAUUAUCAAAACUAUCUGGAACGUAGGAGUGAAUGGGACGAAGAACGAAAGAACAAACUCGCUAGACUCUAUGAAAGAUUCAAGCAAGAAAUGUGGUCAAAAGUGGCUGAAGAAAUGGCAGUUCCAUGGCGAGCAGCAGAAGCCAUGCACUGGCAACUCGGCGAAAACGACAUGGCAAGACGUGCUGGUGUUGUUCCUUUCUCUCUCUCAAGCGUAACUCUCGAUGCUCCAUCUUCUGGUUCGAGAGCUUCGCCUGCGAGGGGUCAUUCAUAUAGUCAAUCCACAUCCAGCACGAUGAAUUCAGCAUCUGGAGGUUCUCGAUACAGUAGACCUGGCACCGCACAAGGAAACCCAAAUCCAAGAGGUGUAGGAGCCACUCGUACAAUCGCAGCCAGGAGAGAAAGCACCCCUAGAUCAGUACCGCCCACAAGCCCGACAGAUGGCCUGGCCUUGGCGGCCAUUGGAGGCGGUGGUGGCAUGAUGAUGGGUCAGGGUAGAGGAGGAUAUCUACCUAGUUUGUCAGAAAUGACCACAGGUAUGAGCCCGUAUAGUACGCCUGCUUAUGCGAUGUCGAUGCCCGCGUAUUCGAGUGGCUAUUCGAGUGGAUAUCCGAGUCCUGGCCCUGGACCCCUCUUACCGGCUAUUGGCAUGUUGGGGCAGAGGAACGAUGGGAAGAGAAGGGGAAGUCCGGAGGGUGGGACACGGGAUAGUAUUAGGAGGAGACAAUGAGGGUCGUCGUGAUGUUUGAUGAAUGUUUGUUAUGUGCAAUGGAUAGAUGGAUGGAUGGAAACGUGUGUAAAUGCGAUUGGCGUUGGGGAAAAAGUUAAUAUCUGUUUCUACACUUUGUUUCUCUUUCUUCUAGGGUAAAGUAGGGUAUGGAUGGGUAGAGUGAGCAUAUGGGGAUGGACCUUGCAUGUUGGAAUGGCGCGAUGUUUUGAAAACAUAUCCCUUGGCUUUGUAUCAGGGCUUUAUGAUUUGGAAUUUACAUUGAUUGGGAUGGAAUGGGGUUGAGAUGGGGUAGCGUAGCACGCAUUGCUUGCAGGCACGCAUGGUGUUCGAAACUAUACCUUCUAGAUUGUAUUAUGGUUUUUUGUAUCUUAACCCCUUUAUAGUCUUCUAAUUGCUUUUAUGAUUUGUGU